CUCGGGAGCUGCCGCUGUGGGGAAAGGCUGAAGGACGGAGCCGCCUGCGCCCGCCCCGGUUGCCAGGGAGAAAAGGGAUUUUUUUCUGAACCGUGAAGAAACUAGAGCCUUCAUCGAAGAUUUCCCUGUGAAAACUGCAUUGAUGCCAAUCAUAUAAGAAGCGUGGAGUCCUGAAUAAACAAAGAGAAGAGAGUUAAGCACACGUUCUCUGUUGUGAACACUUACCCAGGAGUUAAAAUGGUGAGCGAAAGUCAUCACGAGGCCCUGGCAGCACCGCCAGCGACCACAGUAGCAGCAGCCCCUCCAAGUAAUGUCACCGAGCCAGCCAGUCCGGGAGGAGGGGGAGGAAAAGAAGAUGCAUUUUCUAAGCUAAAAGAGAAGUUCAUGAAUGAACUGAACAAAAUUCCAUUGCCACCUUGGGCCUUAAUAGCCAUAGCCAUAGUUGCAGUCCUAUUAAUCCUCACCUGCUGCUUUUGUCUCUGUAAGAAAUGCUUGUUCAAAAAGAAGAACAAGAAGAAGGGAAAGGAGAAGGGAGGGAAGAAUGCUAUUAACAUGAAAGAUGUUAAAGAUUUAGGGAAAAGCAUGAAAGACCAGGCUCUUAAGGAUGAUGAUGCUGAGACUGGACUGACUGAUGGGGAAGAGAAGGAAGAACCCAAAGAAGUUGAGAAGCUAGGGAAAAUCCAAUAUUCUUUGGAUUACGAUUUCCAGAACAAUCAGCUUCUGGUUGGGAUUAUUCAAGCAGCUGAGCUGCCUGCGUUAGAUAUGGGUGGUACAUCUGAUCCCUAUGUGAAAGUCUUCCUUCUGCCUGAUAAGAAGAAGAAAUAUGAGACAAAAGUCCACAGAAAGACCCUUAACCCAGUUUUCAAUGAGCAAUUUACAUUCAAGGUGCCAUACUCUGAGCUGGGUGGAAAAACUUUAGUGAUGGCAGUUUAUGACUUUGAUCGUUUCUCCAAACAUGAUAUCAUUGGGGAAUAUAAAGUUGCAAUGAACACAGUGGACUUCGGUCAUGUCACUGAGGAGUGGAGGGAUUUGCAAAGCGCAGAGAAAGAAGAGCAAGAAAAGCUGGGUGAUAUCUGCUUCUCCCUCCGUUAUGUGCCUACUGCUGGCAAACUGACUGUCGUCAUUCUGGAGGCAAAGAACCUGAAGAAGAUGGAUGUCGGUGGACUAUCAGAUCCCUAUGUGAAGAUCCAUCUGAUGCAGAAUGGUAAGAGGCUGAAGAAGAAAAAGACUACAAUUAAAAAGAACACUCUGAAUCCCUACUACAAUGAGUCUUUCAGCUUUGAAGUACCAUUCGAGCAAAUUCAGAAAGUGCAAAUUGUUGUGACUGUUUUGGACUAUGACAAGAUUGGCAAGAACGAUGCCAUCGGGAAAGUCUUUGUGGGCUACAACAGCACCGGCGCGGAGCUGCGGCACUGGUCAGACAUGUUGGCCAACCCCCGGCGGCCCAUUGCACAGUGGCACACCUUACAGCCCGAGGAGGAGGUAGAUGCCAUGCUGGCAGUCAAGAAGUAAAUUAAAUUAAAUUAAAUUAAAUUAAAUUAAAUUAAAUUAAAUUAAAUUAAAUUAUUAAGAAGAAAAAGAAGAAGAUGAAGAAGCCUUUCUGCAUUUGCCCACAUAGUGCUCUUUAGCCAGUAUCUGUAAAUACCUCAGUAAUAUGGGUCCUUUCAUUUCCAGCCAUGUGUUCCUGACACUGAUCAGUUGUACUUUUAAAUUCCCAUUUUAAUUUGCACAAAUUUAAAUGUAGAGAGCCUUUCAAAGGCGCUUCAUUUCACUACUGCCCACCCCAGAUCUACUCUUCUUUUAAGCAAUAUGAUGUGUAGAUAGAGCAUGACAGAAAUUAUUUAUUGUAUCACACAGUUGUAUAUAUACACCAGUAUGCUGAGAAUUUAUUUCUAGUUUGUGUAUUUGUAUGUUGUAAGCGUUUCCUAAUCUGUGUAUAUUUAGAUGUUUUUAAUAAGAUGUUCUAUUUUAAAUUAUGUAAAUUGACUGAGAUAUAGGAGAGCUGAUACUAUAUUAUAGGGUAACUAUUGUAUCGUCUGCAUUCCAGAAAAAAAAAUUAUCUAACUUGUAAGGCACUAGUAGUAUUACACUGACAUCUUAAAGGACAACUUAAAUCUGAGCUUUCAACUGGACCAUCCUAAUAACACGCUUCACAUCCACAGUGAAUCUUGGAGGGGCAAAUCCAAUUGGGUAGACUUCUUUCACAGGCAACUUAGCAUGAUCUGAGUGGUUCCAUGGCUGACCUCAUGGAGAUGUAGCCAGAAUCCAGGAUAUAAUUUUUUUGUAUAUAUUCCAAAGCAAAUACAUAGCAGACUGAAAUGGCUUUAGAUUGAAAGUUGAGGCAGCAGUUCCAUAGGAGACAACAAUUUCAUCUAACAUACAAAGACAGACCACUGCAGCAGCUGUGCAGGGAGGGGGAGGAGGGGGAUGCAGCAGUAGUAAAAUGCUGCCGUGAAAACAAGUGUAGCUCUCCAUUAUCACCUUUAUACAAAAUUUGCAUACUGUGAAUUCCAUCCACAAUUUCACAUUAUAAUGAGUUUGCACAUUAGACUUUGUAACAAAAUAUUUUAUGAUACUAACUCAGAUUAGAAGGAAUGCAGAAUAUUUUUUAGACACAGCCGUGUGAGUUUAUUAUACAAUAUAGUUUCAUGGUAAACAGACAGUAUUGUAAUCCCAUCAGAAGAUGACAAAAUUUAGCCAUAGUUCUAAAUGCACUUCAAAGUAAGCCAAAAGAGAACAGCUAGUGACCUUUUAUAUACUAUUUAUACUUAAGUUUUAAUUUGUCCUUUAAAAAAAAGUGAAAACAAAGAACAAGUUCUAGAAAACUGAAGCAACCUCUUCUGUAUACUAGAUGCUCGUUUCAGGAGGAGUUUUUAAAUGUUUUAAAUGUUAUUAUGUAGUAAAUGGCACUAUUAUGAAGCUAUUAGUCAUUCCAUAAGUCUUGAAAGACUGCUCUGUGUAUCACUGUGACUGCCGUGUGUGCUUAGAAAUGUAGUUUUCUCAGUGGAUAGCAAUCAAUUUAUUCCGUAGUGAUAUUGUAAUAAUACUGCCAUUCCCUUCUACUGCACUGCCGAAGGAACGCAUAGCACAAGCAGUUCCAGUUAUUACGGACCAAUGUAGAACUGGAGAGCUAUGCAGGGGACAAGGAUGCUCUAGUGAAUGGGUUGACCACGCAGCAUUUUGUCAAGCCCUGUGCAAUACUCUACAUUUCCAACUGCCCUCGCCCCUGCUGCUUUCCCAUAGAGUCAUCUUACAGCUCCCCAGCAUGGCACCUCCACUGCACCAUCUCAUCAAGUCAUUCAGGGCAUCACUUCUAGCUCAUGUACCGUCAUUGGAGGCCCCUCGCUUAUCUUUCCAAGCUGUGAAUAUAUUUAUAAUGCUUUGAAGAGUUCAUUAUUUUCAGCAAUGCAAACUAUCCUAGAAAUGUGGAAAUGCUAUUGCUUUUGGAGGGAGGCAUGAUAAUUAACCAUUAAAGUUCUUAUCAAUCUUCUGUAUCUAACAGAAACUACGGAAACAACAAAGAUGAAUGUAAUGAGAGAACUGUGCACUGAAAAUUAAAUUCCACAGCCUCCCUGGAGGCUCUGCUUCUGGGAGAGUUGUGCCAGUCUCAGAGUGCAGUGAUGGCCAAGUAUCCCUGUUUUUCAGUACUUUGAGGGUAAAUGCAGCAGCAAAGUACUGGGAGGAGAACAAAAGCCUGUGUCUCUCCCCACCUCCAAAAGUGAGAAUAGCAAGAUCCAUUUUCUUUUGUUUUUACAUGAAACAUAGAAAAAACACAAGCGAGACAUUUUCUGAUAGAAACAGGCACAUACAUGCAACGCAUCAAGCUGGAAUAUUUUACAAUCUUAUCCUUAAGGACCAAACCCCACCAAAGAGAAGAAGCAGACAGUCAGCUUUCCAGCCUAAGAGCUUCAUGCUCUCCAGCUUUCAGUUAUUUAUUCAGGAUAGCUGAGGUUCCAAGUGCCGGGACUGACUCAUUGUGUUAAGGUAUUCUUAAUGCUUUCUCUUCCUACACUGCCAGACUGAACGUCACCCUAGAACUGGUUUGUAAGGUACAAUGAUUCUCAGAGACUGAACUUGCCGUGUGACCAAGAUGACAUUUUUUCAUCCUCAAAGAAGCCACAUGUACCUUUCUGACAAAGCUGUGUGAAGUAUUAGAAUCUGAUGCUGUAGAAAGAUCCUAGUUGCCUUUGUGUAUAUUUACUGCCUGCUUGAGUGUUUCUCUGUGUGGGUUUUCUCUGUAUCUUGUAGAAAUGUUUGGGGUGUUUUAUCCUGCCAUAUCGCUCGUGGCCCGCGAGCCGACAACUUUAGCCGUAUUUUACCUUCAUUUUUGAUGAGGUGGUUUAUAUUUUGUUUCACUUUGUGUAGUGACUUCCCACAGUAGAGUUUUCCAAUUGUCGUUAAAAUAACAUACGUAUUACACAGAUAUUCAAUAAAAAUGUUUUAUUUCCUGUU